AUGGGCUUCGUGCUCUCAGACAGCAAGCCCGAGAGCGAUGCGACCGAGGCGCCGGGCCUCGUGCUUGCAAAGUCCAGCGAGUCGCAAGGCCUCGCGCCUGCAAAGCCCAGCGUGCUCGUCGGCCAGGUCGUGCACCGGCGGCGCCUGAGCAAGAAGCUGUGCUUCCUCGACGUCGUAGCCGACGGCGAGCGCUAUUGCCUCGUGGCGAAGAGCGAGGUGCUGGGCGUGGCGACGGCCUGCGGCCUCGCGGGCGUCAAGAAGGCCACGGACGUGCGCGCGGGCGACGUCGUGCGCGCCGCGGGGGUCUGGGAGGACGCGGCGACGCUCGUCGUCGACGGCCGCCUCGACGUCGUCGACCGCUGGGACACGGCCGCGCGCGGCUCCUUCGCGCCGGUGCCGCCGCCGCCGAGCGGCAAGGCGCUCGCGCGCGUCGAGGUCUGCAAGUACUGGGUCAACACGGGCGCCUGCAGCGGCGGCGCCGCGUGCCGCUACGCGCACGACGGCUCCGCGCGCGCGGCGGCGGCGAACGCCUGGGUCGCGUCGAAGCGGCUCGAGCGGCGGCGGCUCCGGGGGCAGCCCGACGACCUCGCGGCCCACGACGAGUCGUCGAACGCGUCGCGGCACCGGAUCGUCGCCGAGUUCCUGCUGAAGCACGUCGGAAGAGACGCGCUCGCGGCGGCGCCGGUCCUCGACGUCGCGGGAGGCCGCGGCGGCCUCGCCUUCGAGCUCCAGGUCAUCCACGGCGUCGAGACCGUGCUCGUCGAGCCGCGGGUCUACGAGAAUCGCCUCACGCGGCGGCAGCACAAGAUCCUCAAGAAGCGCGGCGAGGGCGCGGCGCGCGUCCCGCGGCACGUCGCCGCGGCCGUCGGCGGCGACUUCGACGACGGCGCGCUCGUCGCGGGCUGCUCGGCGCUCGUCGGGCUGCACGCGGACCAGGCGACGGAGUGGAUCGUCGACGAGGCCCUGCGUCUGGACAAGCCGUUUUUGGUGGUCCCCUGCUGCGUCUUCCCGUCGCUCUUCGCCGCGCGGAUCCACCCGGUGACCGCGGCGCCCGUCGUCUCGCACCAGGACUUCGUCGAGUACCUCCUCGCGAAGCGCUACGCGUCCGGGGGCGCCGUGCGCCACGCGAUCCUGCCCUUCGCCGGGCGGAACCAGUGCGUCUGGGGCGUUCCCGAGGCGACGCCGCCGGAGUAA